ACGCAAGAAAGCUCAUUAAUAAUUCGUUGUCAAGUGCCUGAAAUUAUUUGCCAAUUUUCAAAAUGUUGGUUGUUGCGUUGGGCAAAGUUAAGCGUAGAGCCUUUGUUUAUAAAGGAAGAACGUAUUUAAAAGGAAUCGUCCACUGUUGGCGCAGCGCUUUAACACUGUUCGGGCUGCUUCAAAUAUGCACCAUCAUGCGCCCAUUUCUCGAUAAGGCUCGCCAACAGCAAACCUUGUUCGACAUUCCGGUAACUGCGGAUGACAUUGCCGAAAUUACCAAUCUGGCAAUGGACAAGUACCUGCUUUUGUAUGUGCUGUACCUUAUCACGUUAACAAUCCUACGUGGCCCACCGACCUCUUCGUUUCUAACUUCCGUAUGCGUCAUACUGACUUUAUAUGGGCUGGGUUUGCUCAUUUUGAAUUGGUUCAUGCAUCAUCAAGUUGGUCAUAUAUUUGCAUCUCUGUUGGGAAUAUUAGUGGUUCAAGUAAUGAUUUUGAUCGACUAUUGCUUGCUACAAAUCAUUGGAUAAAGAUUCAUUACCUAUACUCUAUACAUUAUUAUUGUACUGUUUACUAUUAGCGUCGAUAUUAGCUAUCUAGGGGUUCGUAGUUAGACUGUAGCGUUAGUAAUGGGAAUGUUUUUGUAGUCAUAGACAUAUGAGUACAUGUCUAUGUUUGUAGUUGGACAUUGUUUGUAAUGGAAAUUUAACUGUAUAACCUUCUUUAUAUAAUAA